AUGCUCACAGGCACUGAUGCGCGAUCAACAAUCAAAGACAUUCAUAUCAUACCUGGGAAGUCAAAGUCAGACGUAAGCUAUUCGCCUUCAUGGCAUGCAGACAUCAAUGACGAGCAUCCAAUUGCGGGCCUCAUGCGGGAGGCUGAUAAGGCCUGGAAUGCCUACGAGGAUAGUAGGUCAACGACCUUCAGAGAGACGGUGGCGAAGUACAGGAAGAAGUAUGGAAGGCAUCCGCCGCCAGGGUUCAGAGAUUGGUACAGAUUUGCGCGAAACAGGAAUGUCCACAAUGUCGACGAUUUUGAGCAGAUCAUGGACGAUCUGCGGCCAUUCUGGGGCGUGGAGCCCUCAACCAUCCGAUCGUUGGCUGCGCAUAUGAGCGAGAAUCCGGAUUCUGGCGUCUCGGGUCUCCACAUACGCAACAAGAAGAUUUGGAAACUCACAAAUGCGAACUGGCGCAUGGAUACGUUUGCAAAACUGGUGGAGAAAUUCGUUAAGUAUCUUCCGGAUAUGGAUAUUGCUAUGAACCGUCUGGACCAACCCCGAGUAGUCGUCCCAUGGGAUGAUAUGCAGGCUCUUCUUGCAAAAGAAGCCGAGAGCAGGCGUAUUCUGCCCGAAGUUCUUCCUGAGUGGACAAAGGAUAUGGAAGGACUUCUUAAAGAUAACGACACGGCUCCGCUUAUCACAGACCCCCAAUGGUUUUCUGCGCCUGGCCAGCAAUACAUGUUGAUAGCCAAAGAGGCGUGUCCCCCUGAGUCUCAUGCCAGGGUUAGCAACUCAUCGUCGACCUCAGCUGAGUCGUUGUACAAGGACCCGAGAGGGGGCUUCAUCACCAACUUCAAUCGGUCUUCUGAUUUAUGUACGGUCGGUCCUGAGAUUCAAGACAAGCAUGGCUUCCUAUUUGCGCCUAGCACUGUCGUGGCUAGCAGGCAACUCCUACCUAUAUUCGGCGAAUGCAAAGUCAACGUCAACAGCGAUAUCCUCUUCCCGGCAAACAUGUACUAUGCCAAUGAUGAUCGCUAUACCUAUAACGGCACUUACGAUUAUGACUGGGAUGAUAAAGAAGAUCAGGUGAUCUGGCGCGGAGUGACGUCCGGGGGUACGAAUACAGCAGACAACUGGGAAAAGAUGCACCGUCAACGCCUUGUCCUGAUGACCAACGAGACUGUUAUGGCUGACAAGGAAGUUCGGAUCAUGAGUCUGAGUUCUCCGGCGACGGGACAGUACGAAAACUUCGAACACUUCCACCCCAGCGCAUUCGCCAAGGAGCAUACGGAUGUUGGGUUCACAGAGGCCUUAGCCUGCGUUCCGGAUUGCAGCUUCUACGACAAUAUCUGGGCCUUCAAAAACAUGACGACGCUGAGCGAGCAAUUCAUCUCAAAGUUCCUCGUCGAUGUUGAUGGCCACUCCUUCUCCGGAAGGUGGCACGCCUUUCUUCAGAGCAAGAGCCUGGGGAUCAAGAGCACCAUCUUCCGCGAGUGGCACGACUCGCGGCUAUUUGCUUGGAGGCAUUUUGUCCCUCUGGACAACCGGUUCGACGAGCUCUAUAGCAUCCUGACCUAUUUCAUCGGCCUCGGGAGCCCAUCGGACGCUGGGAAGGAGGGGGUGCCUUACGUCCAGCGCCACGAUUUCGAGGGCCGUAAGCUAGGACAGCAGGGCCGGGAAUGGGCAUCCAAGGUCCUCCGGCCGGAGGAUAUCGAGAUCUACACGUUCCGCCUCCUGCUGGAGUACGCGCGGGUCAUCGACGACAACCGGGACCGGAUCGGCUACUCGGGCGAUGGCAGCGAGUUGGAUAAGUACGAUAGCAAGCAUCCCAUCAGUGGCAUGCACGGGCGACGAUGA